AUGUCCCCCCAUCUUCCUCCUCCUCGGUUGACGACAGUCGAAGCUAAGCUCAGGAGCUCCUCCUUCUCCGUCUUCUCCACCCUCUUCCUCCUCGGAAACCCGCCAUUGCUUCGCCGGAAACCCCGUCGCCGGCGGGAAUUCCGAGAAACCCAGCUCCGGAAAGUGCUUCUCUCUUUCUCUCUGCCUCUCUUCAUGCCCAGCAUUUCUCUCUCCUCCCCCUGAAACUUUGAUGGAGUCCCUCAUCCCCUUCCAGGACCUCAAUCUCCUCCCCGACCCACCCACCUCCGCUCACCUCCUCACCCCCAAACUCGAGCCCAAGACCGAGCCUUUCGACGACCCACCGCCGCCACCACCACCGCCACCAACCAACACCCAACAACCCCAACCACCUCAGCCUCAGCCUCAGCCUCAGCAGCAAGAAGCGCAGCAUUCUCCCGGGGAGCCCCCCUCGCCGCCCCGCGAGGACAGCCUCUACACGGAGUUCCACCGCGUGUCCGAGCUCUUCCGGACCGCCUUCGCCAAGGGCCAACGCAGGCUCGGCGGCAGCGGCGGCAACGUGGUGGACCCCGAUUCGCGGGCCAUCGUCCCCUUCAACGCCGAGGAGAGCAAUCAGCUCUCCACCGUGGUCAAGCCGAGGAUCAACUACAAGCGUUCCUCGGAGCUCGUCAGGGUGACCGAUCUCGGGGUCGAGGACGAGAGGUAUUUCCGCGAUCUGGUGCGCCGGACCCGCAUGACGUUCGACGGGGUGCGCAUUCUCUCGAUGGCCGGCGAGAGCAGCAGCGGCAAGAGAGUGAGGGGCGACUUGAUCGCUGCUUCUCUCAUGAGGAGUCGCGGGUUGUGGCUGAAUCGCGAUAAGAGGAUUGUUGGGUCAAUCCCUGGGAUUUGCGUGGGGGACAUCUUCUUUUAUAGGAUGGAGCUGAUGGUGCUUGGAUUACAUGGUCAGACUCAAGCUGGCAUCGAUUACUUGCCAGCUAGUCAGAGCUCCAACGGCGAGCCGAUCGCCACCAGCGUCAUUGUGUCUGGUGGGUAUGAGGAUGAUGAGGACAGUGGGGAUGUGAUUAUAUACACUGGUCAUGGAGGGCAAGAUAAGUUCAACAGGCAAUGUGUGCACCAGAAGCUGGAAGGCGGAAAUCUGGCGCUGGAGAGGAGCAUGCGCUAUGGAAUCGAGUUGAGGGUCAUUAGAGGGAUCAGGUAUGAAGGCGGGAUGACGAGCAAGGUUUAUGUGUAUGACGGGUUGUAUAGGAUCAUGGACUGCUGGUUCGAUGUGGGUAAGUCCGGUUUCGGGGUUUUCAAGUACAAGCUGGUGAGAAUUGAGGGGCAACCGGAAAUGGGUAGUGUGAUGAUGAGGCUUGCUAAGAGCCUUAAGGCUACUCCGUUGUCAGUAAGGCCGACUGGGUACUUGAGUCUUGAUAUGUCGAUGAAGAAGGAGAAUGUGCCGGUGCUUCUGUAUAAUGAUAUCGACACUGAUAAUGAACCGCUGUAUUAUGAGUAUCUAGUCAGGUCGGUGUACCCCCCUUUUGUUCUCCACCAGAAUGGAAAUGGUACUGGGUGUGAAUGCAUAUCCGGUUGCACAGAAGGUUGCUUUUGUUUUUCGAAGAAUGGGGGUGAGUUCCUUUAUGAUCAAAAUGGGCUUCUUUUGAAGGGGAAGCCGAUUAUUUUCGAGUGUGGUGCCUUCUGCAAGUGCCCUCGGACCUGUCGGAAUCGAGCGACUCAAAGAGGGUUGAAGCAUAGGUUUGAGAUAUUUAGGUCGAGAGAGACGGGUUGGGGUGUGAGGUCCUUGGAUGUGAUACAAGCUGGUGCUUUCGUUUGUGAAUAUGCAGGGGUUGUGCUCACCAGAGACCAAGCCCAAAUUUUCGCAAUGAACGGUGAUACACUGAUUUAUCCCAGUAGGUUUCCUGAAAAAUGGGAAGAAUGGGGUGAUUUAUCACAGAUUUUUCCUGCCUUUGUACGCUCUUUAUACCCCCCAGCUCCUCCUCUGGAUUUUGCAAUGGAUGUGUCUAAAAUGAGGAAUGUUGCUUGUUACAUUAGCCACAGUACCAAGCCCAAUGUGCUAGUUCAACGUGUACUACAUGAUCACAACAAUCUCUCCUUCCCUCACCUAAUGUUGUUCGCGAUGGAGAAUAUUCCUCCUUUGGCAGAGCUUAGCUUGGAUUAUGGGGUGUCUGAUGAAUGGACGGGAAAGCCUCUCCUGUUGACGGAAGGAUCUGGCUGAUCUAAGUGGAAUUAGGAUAUUCUAACAUGUACAUAGGUUUUGGAGGAUUUAUGCAUAUAUCAACUUAGCAGCACAGUUCUGAGGCUCUUACUCAGUGAGACCUGGCUCUCAAGUUUUGCCUCAGACAAUACAAGCAGUGGAAACAAAGUUGCGGAAGUCAAAAACUAAAGAAAAGGGACUCCCCGCGAUUUACACGCUCUCGGCUUUUUUCUGUCCUUUUUUUGUUGCAAGAUCGAAGUCAACACUGGAUUCGCAGAGAAGAGUUUAUCUCUGGUGGACUGUGGACCGGGUGGAUCAGGCACGUGCUCGCUCUCAGAUCAAUGUGUCACGGGCCGGCCUCUGGACCGUGACAAAUCAUCUGUAUACAUGACUUGGUCAGAUGGUGAUCAGGUACCCGAUGCACCAUGCUCUGGGUCCUUGCGAGUUUCAGGUGGUGAGGACGGCGAUCUUCUUGUUUUAGGACUUAGCCUAGGUGUGCUUCUGCUCGACAGACUCUUUUUAAAUUUUUUUAAUUUUUAAUUUGUCGCGUCUGUUAUUACGUUUCACUUCUUUUUUUCUGGUGGACUUCAGUGGGGAUUACCCGCUUGAGCUUCCAAUGAUACUCGUGUGUAUGUUAUGUAUAUAUCUGAAAUAGUAUAUGAUGUACAGUCGAUUGCAUCUUGA